CACAAGGUUAUAAGAAGUAGUAUAUAAACGAACUGGAUGAGGCUUGGUUCUUCAAAAAACGAUUUAGUUUUAAUAGUAUCCGAUAGGUGGUUUAUUCAUUUAAAAUUCUUAAAUAUACCAACAUGAAGUUUGCCAUCACUUUUCUUUUCAUCUUCACCAUAAUCACAUUGGUAAAUGCUGGAGGUUAUGGUUUAUUGGGAGGAUUAGAUGGUUAUAACAAUAAUUAUGGAGGCUAUUCCGGAUAUAGACCUGGUUAUGGGGGAUAUUCCAGUGGAUAUAGACCUGGAUAUGGAGGAUAUCGCCCAGGUUACGGAGGAUAUGGUGGUUAUAGACCUGGAUAUGGCGGUUAUAAACCUGGAUAUGAUGGUUACAAACCGGGUUAUGAUGGUUAUGGUGAUAUAGGUGGUCAAUAUGGCGGAGGUUAUGGUGGAUAUGGAAAUUAUGGUGGGUAUGGAGGUUCUAAUUAUGGGGGAUACGGCACGAAUUAUUUAAGCGGAAAUUAUCCUGGGUAUAAACCUGGUUAUGGUUCUUAUGGAUCUUAUGGCGGUGGUUAUAGCGGUUAUGGAGGAUAUGGAGGAGUUGGUUAUUAUGAAAAAUAAGUUCAUUUUGUUAUAUUUUUUUAACUACAUCUUAGAAAUAAAUAUCUUUUUUUAAUAACAAAUUUCCUUUUUGAUUAGCUUGACAUUAAAUGAGUGUUAAAUAA